GGCUGCGCAGCCAAUAGGGAGCGAGGGCGGGCUCGGCGCCGGUGCGGUCCCGGCCCGGUCCCGGUUUGGCUGCCCCGGCUCCAUGGAGCCGGCCGAGGUGGAGUUCCUGGCCGAGAAGGAGCUGGUGACGAUCGUGCCCAACUUCAGCCUCGACCGGAUUCACCUCAUUGGGGGAGAUCUGGGUCCCUUCAAUCCUGGUUUGCCAGUGGAAGUGCCUGUGUGGUUGGCCAUUAAUCUGAAGCAGAGGCAGAAGUGUCGGCUCAUUCCCCCAGAAUGGAUGGAUGUUGGGAAACUGGAGGAAAUCCGGGAUCAGGAGCGGAAAGAGGACACCUUCACUCCAAUGCCCAGUCCCUACUACAUGGAGCUCACCAAGCUGCUGCUGAACUAUGCCUCUGACAACAUCCCCAGGGCGGAUGAGAUCCGGACGCUGGUGAAGGACACGUGGGACACGCGCAUGGCCAAGCUGCGCCUGUCCGCCGACAGCUUCGUGCGGCAGCAGGAGGCUCACGCCAAGCAUCCAGCCUGCCCCCAGCAGGCUCUGCCUUCCUCUCCUUCCUUCCAGCCCUUCCAGGCUCUGGCACAGCUCCUCCAGCAAUUCUGCACGGACACAAAUGCACACCACAACCCCGGGCAGGGGGAAAAUCGGUCCAAAAACCCUGAAUCCAGCCUGGUGAGGAGGGAAAAUCAGCACAGGAGCUGCUACAAAGCGAGGCUGCAUCCCAGCCAGGCUCCUCAGCACGGCGAGGGAUAAAUUGCCAAUGAUUUUCCAUCCCUGGCUUCUUCCCCCCUCCCUCUGCCCCGGCACACAGGAAGGGAAAGGAGCGAAUUUCGCCGUGUUAAAAUUCCCUUCGAAGCCCGGAGUUGGCAGCAGCGAGGCCAGAGGCUGGCGAGGCAAUUGGGGAUUUAAAAAAGAUUAAACUAAUUUCUGUCACAAGGGCAUUUUGCUUUUUAAUCUCGCCCAGCUUUUUUUUAUUUGGUGAAGCCAAUGAGAGAGCAGGGAGCAGGGGGGGCGUGGGGGGGUUAAUGCUUUCCUUUGCCGGCGCAACGAGGGAAUUUAAAGCAGGAAGCAGAGGUCACCUUUUCCCGGAGAUGUGAGCUGGUCUCGUGGCGAAUUAAAAACAAUUUCUAAUAAAUAAUUUAAAAAUAACAAUCAAAUAAAAAGGCUCCCCCUGGGGAGGGGAGGCGGGGCACACGCCGCUUUUUAGCAAGCGGCUAAAAAUGGCACCAAGCGUGACCCUGGUGGCACCAGGACAUCCCUGCCCGCCUGCGGGCACAGCUCCACACGGAUUGUCCCCAAAGUGCCACCAAGAGACCCCACAGGACCCACUCUCCCUGUGCCCACACUACCUUAGAGCUGCUCUGAUUGUCUUGGUAUUUUUUGGAGGGGACAAGGACACCCCAGUGCCACCCACCCGUCAUCCCUCCAUCCUCUCCACGCAAUCCCUUGGGAUUUUUCCUUUGGCAGAUGGAGCCUGGGCAAGGCUCAGACACCACCCAGCACUGUGACACCCACAACAACCCAGCUGGAGCAGAAAAAACCCCAGGAAGCAAAGAAAAAGGGAAAAAAUAAAGAACAAAACCACAGGAGGGUGGAAGGGCUCAGCUUCUCGAGGGCCUGGUGGUGGGACAGGACCUGCCCCGGUGGAAAAGGGGAUUUAUUUUACUGGGUAUCAAUUCUUUUUAAAACAUUUCAAUAUCUUUUCUGGCCCGACCAGCAGCAGUACAAACACUAAAAGCGAUUUAAUCUUUUUUGCCAAAAGGAAAAAAUAAAGAAAACAAACUAGAAAGAAAGUAAAAACAGGGAGGGAGAAGGAAGGAGGGGGAAAAAAGGAAAAAAAAAAGCAGAAACAUCUUAAAAAAAAAGGCAAGCUUUUUAUAACAAUAAUUAAAGCAAUAAAAACAUACAAAACUUUGUUGUUUUUUAAUAUAUAUACACAGUACAAGGCUGAAGCACCUUUUUUUUUCUUUUUUUUCUCUUUUUUUCCGCCUGUUCAAUCCCAAAGCCGGGGUGACAAAGUGACCCCACGCGUGUCCCUGCCCCUUCCCCACCAACCAGGAACAAAAAGGGACCUUCAACCAGUUUAUUGACUUUAUUUUUGAUAGCCAAGUGCAUUUCCAGGGGAAGCCCCGGGCUGGGGGUGCCGUGCUGGGAGCGGGGUCCGGCAGCACCCGGGGCCCCGCCGGGUUUAGUGUUGUCGGUGGAGUCGUUCAUUGUCUUUUCUUUUUUUUUUUUGUUUUCUUUUUUUUUUUUAAAAAAAAAAAAAACCAAAGAACCAACAAAAAUGAGCGUUAUAAAGUGUGGGUGGGUGGAGGGGGGCACUUCAGAGCCGUGGCCCCCAGAGGAGGGGACAGGAGGGGACAUGCCGGGGGCUGCUGGCCGUGGGAUGGGCUCCCGGCUCCUCCCGGCUCCCGUUUGCUUCAUGCAUGGCACAUUCUCCAUUUAUUUAUUUCUCUUCUUUUUUUUGUUUUGUUUUGUUUUCUUCCUUUUAUUAUUAAUGAUUUUGUUGUCGUGGUUUGGGUUUCUUCUUUUUUUUUUUUGUUUGUUUGUUUUUUUCCGUUCUUUUUUUUUUUUUUUUUUAAUUUUAUUUUCGUAGCUUCAAACCUCCCAGUGAAAAAUAUUAAAUAUUCAAGGUAAUAAAAUA